CUGCGUUGUUCAUCUGCGUUUGUUCCUCAGCUUCGGAAAGCUCGUACCCACAAAGGCUUCUUCUCCUCAGGUACUCACCAUGGAUUCUUCUUCCCACUCUCCCGCAUCAUCACUUCAUUCUUAUGGAUAUGUUCAAAACAUUAUGUUCUGUCAGUGGUGUGGUGGUCCAACGAAGCCUGAAAUACCUGAAGGAGAAGAAAGGUUGAGAGCUGUAUGUACAAGUUGUGGGAAGAUUUCCUAUCAGAAUCCAAAAAUGGUAGUUGGUUGCCUCAUUGAGCAUGAUAGCAAGGUCCUCCUUUGCAAGCGGAAGAUUGAACCGUCUUAUGGCCUAUGGACACUUCCUGCUGGUUAUUUGGAAAUUGGAGAGUCUGCUAUGGAAGGUGCUAUCAGGGAAACAAGGGAGGAAGCCAAUGCUGAUGUGGAAGUGAUUUCACCCUUUGCUCAAUUGGAUAUUCCUUUGAUUGGCCAAACUUAUAUAAUCUUCUUGGCAAGGCUGAAGAAGCCCCAUUUUUCACCUGGUCCAGAAUCAUCAGAAUGCCAGCUUUUUUCACUCAAUGAAAUACCCUUCAGUUCUCUAUCUUUCUCGUCGAUGGUGGUUACUUUAAGUUUGUAUGUUGAGGAUGUGAAGGCAGGAGGAAAGCCCAAAUUCCAUUACGGUACCAUCAACAAAAGGCCUGGUACUAGUCCUUCUGAUAUUCAUGCCUUUACACUGGAUCAUCAUAUGCAAUCAUGAGCCAUGACAAGUUGUAAACUGGAUAUCGGGAGAUUGUAAGUGCAUCUGCGUCAUUUAGUCUAGAGAGGCCCUAGACCCUGCAAGAACUUCCCACUACAGGUCUUUGGCAUUGGAUUCUGAAAUCCAGCCAAUUGAUUUUAAAAUCAGAAGCACUGGCACAACACCAAAGAUCCAAACAUUACCUGAUUGAAUUCACCGAUGUUGCAAUUCCUGAUUACCAGCAGCCUCUCUUAUCUGAACCAGAUUGAAAAAGAAUUAUUGGUUGUAAAUUGUCAUGAAAAAUGAAAUUCUUUUUGGAAGAGUGAUUAAGAGUUUAUAUAAAUAUUUUAGGCUGUAUACAAUUUAAAAGUUAAAAAAGUCAUUUUCCUCUGUUAC